CCUAUGUAAGAAGGCGAAAGUGUGCCGCGUAUAUAAAGCCCUGAACGACCAGCAAUCAGCAUCCAGUUCACUCCUGGACGCACCCGGAACAUUCAUAAAAGAUAAAAUGAAGAGUUUGUUUGUGUUGGCCCUCCUGGCCACGGCGGCAUUCGCCGAAGAGGAGAAGAAGGUUGAGGACAAAGUAGAAGGAACAAAGAAAAACGAAAAACGUGGAAUCCUUGGUCUCGGCUAUGGAUACGGCUAUGACGGUGGCUACGAUCUUGGCUCUGAGCUUUCUCACAGCUAUGCAUCACACGGUGAUUUUGGCGGUUUGGAAGGAUAUGGCGGUGGUUAUCAUGGAGAACAUCACGUGAAAACCUUGACAGUGGUCAAGAACGUUCCUGUGCCUUAUCCAGUUGAGAAACACGUGCCUUACCCAGUGGAGAAGCACGUGCCUUAUCCAGUUAAGGUACCAGUCCCACAACCUUAUCCAGUGGAGAAACACGUGCCUUACCCAGUCAAGGUCUACGUCAAAGUACCAGUUCAUGUACCACAACCAUACCCAGUUGAGAAGAAGGUGCAUGUGCCAGUUCAUGUUCCAGUAGACCGUCCAUACCCUGUCAAGGUUUUGGUUCCUCAACCUUACCCAGUCGAGAAACACGUGCCUUAUCCAGUUAAGGUACCAGUUCCUCAACCUUAUCCAGUUGAAAAACACGUGCCUUAUCCAGUUAAAGUACCUGUCCAUGUGCCGGCACCAUACCCUGUUGAAAAACUCGUCCAUGUUCCAGUUAAAGUGCACGUAGACAGACCCUACCCAGUUCCAGUGCCUAAACCAUAUCCAGUCCAUGUCGAGAAAAAAGUCCCUUAUCCCGUUGACCGACCAGUUCCUUACCCCGUCAAAGUUCCAGUUGACAGACCAGUACCUUACCCAGUUGAAAAACACGUACCUUACCCCGUUAAAGUACCAGUUCCUGCUCCCUACCCCGUUGAAAAACCAGUCCCAUAUCCUGUUGAAAAACCUGUACCUUACGCGGUCAAGGUUCCAGUUGACCGACCAUACCCAGUUCAUGUUGAAAAACAUGUUCCUUACCCAGUAGAAAAACCUGUACCUUAUCCCGUUAAAGUACCAGUCGCCGUCCCAGUUCAUGUCGAACAUCACCAGGAACAUCAAGGUGGCUACGAAUACUCUGAACCACACUUUGGAGGAUACGAAUCUCACGGCUACCACCAUUAAAAGUGGACGACGCGUUCUUAAAAGAACCUUUAAUAACAAAAAUAGGUUCGUGUACGCGCAUUUACAUUGGUGACCUGAGAAAUUAAUUUUUAAUUUAUCCGUUUUAUUUAGUAUCUAAUCUAAUUACCAGUCAGUAAGCAACAUUUUUUCCACAAUUCUGCAUAGAAGUAGCAUCGAGUAGAUUGAGUAAUCAAGUUUUCUUUCACUUAUCGACACAGUCGAUGUAGUAUGAAAAUGAAUAUUCCGCAAAGUGUAUAGAUAAUCUUUCUGUUAAUUUUUUUUUUGUCUCUAGUGUCAUAAUGCGUGACGCAUGGGUGAAAACCAAUAGGUCGUAACGCUUGUGAGCACUGUUUGCAAAUUAAUUCUACUCGACGCUGAACCUAUCAAUGAUGCUAAAUUGUUAAAUUUUUUUAUACUGAUAGACUCAAGGUUUAUAUAUGUAUUUUUGUACUAUACAGAUUAAAAACAAUUAAAUGUAUUAAAUUAAA